AUAGUUCCUCUUGGAAUCAGAAGUGGAGCAAUUCCUGACAAACAAAUGACAGCAUCUUCCACGAGAGGAAAAGAAUUGCCGAGUUAUGCAAGACUAUAUGGUAAAAAGUACUGGUGUGCCGCCAAGAAGAAGAAGACCGAAUAUUUGCAGAUUGAUUUAGGAAAGACUCAGACAAUCACSCAUGUUCUGACCCAAGGACGCCAAAGCUGGUACUWCUGGGUCACUGCCUAUUAUCUGUUGUACAGUCAAGAUGGUGUCCGUUGGACUGGUUACACAGAGAGUGGAGAUGCGUUGCAUUCAAACUCUUACUGUUAUUCUGGCAAGUGUGCCGAGACACUAGAUACACAAUGCAGAAAUCUUUGGGGACCAGAGACCAAUAAUGCAGCGCAAGGCUGUUACGAUAAGCUGAACACUGAGGCCAAAGGAUAUGGAACAUGUAACCCAUUCUCUAAUUCAUCUUGUGCCGCAGCAGACGUACUUUGUGGCCAGAUUCAGUGCCAGUCAAAAGGAAAAACACCACUGGUCAAUUACGSUAAAAGCUACACUAGAAUUGCAUAUGGCUCUUUACAAUGCAGUGCGGCAGUUCUCAAAAUCUCUGAUUCCGUUGGCCUUGGGAUGGUUAAAGAUGGGACUAAAUGCGGCAAUAAAAAGAUGUGCAGUAAAUUUCGGUGCAAAUCAUUUGACGACCUGAACAUCAAGGGGUGUCCAGUCGUCAAUGACAAGACAUGCAAUGGAAAAGGAUACUGUACAAACAAAGGCAAAUGUCAAUGCUAUGAGGACUAUGACCCCAAAACAGGAUGCGAAAAAGCUCUUCCUGCUCAGGACGGUGGCUUUAGCAAUUGGUCUCAGUGGUCWAUCUGUUCUGCUGGCUGUAAUGGUGGUAAACAAACUCGUCAUCGAUUUUGUAAUAAUCCGUUUCCAAAGUUUGGCGGGAAAGACUGUGAAGGGAAACUGCAAGAAGAAAAGGAUUGCAACAAAGAUGCUUGCCCAAAGGUUCUUUCUUGUCGACACCUGCAGUUAAUUACAAAGACCAACAAAAAAGUCUUCCCCGACGGCAUAUACGAUAUCUACCCUCAAGGUCUUUCCAAUGCCCCAGUMAAGGCUUACUGUGACUUUACACGUGAUGGUGGCGGAUGGACACUAUUGGUUACCAGUCAUACUAAUACUUGGACCAAAGAUAAUGUUGAACUAAGAAAUGCUGACAAACCAAGCUUAACUAGGGACUACUCAAUAUUAAAACAUGCUGAUGCCAUCAAGAAUAAUUUGAACGUUAUUGGUGGAGAAUUUGAGUAUCGGUUAGAGGCACAAAGGCCAGAUCGUUGGGGAGGGAUUUGGAAGGCAGAUCGCUCUUAYACUUUCACAGCAAAAAACAGUGGUCAAACCAAUAUUAAACUUAUAAAGAAAUUCGAUAAUUGGAAAUACAGCAGCUAUGGCAUCGCAAAAAGAAUGCCUUGGAUCUCAGGAGCAAAGCUAACAACAUCUGCAAGUGCAAGCUCGAGAUCAUGGGGAUCAAUUACAGGUAAUGAAAAAAGUUAUCACCCUGCACCGUGGAUUUCAGGGCAUUUGAUGGAACGACAGCCCGAAUAUAUAUGGUAUUGGAUGCGUGAGGGCCCCUGGAAACUUCCAAGGUCUUGUAUGGAAAUACAGAUGCGAGGAUUCCGAGCAGCUCUAUUCAAAGAUGGCAUUUAYACUAUCAAACCUCCUGGUAAACAACCAGUCAAAACGUUCUGUGAUCUAACAAGUCAAGGUGGAGGAUGGACAUUGUUGAUGACAAGUAAAACGCACUCAGGAUGGACUUCUAACAAUGUCAAAUCUAGAAAUGCUGAUCAACCAUCUGUAAAUGGUGAUUUUUCGAUUCUUGGAGUUGGUGAUGCCAUUAAAGAUUUUGAUAUCUCCCAAGAUUUCUUCCAGUAUCGAAUCGAAGCCGAUGGCAAAAACCAAUAUGGCGGUAUCUUUGAUGCUCCAAGAGAAUACACUUUCACAUCCGCCAAUGACAAGCAAACUGACGUUAAACUAGUAGAAAACUUYAAUAGCAUAGGCGCAAGUUCAAAUCUGGCAAAACGCAUGCCAAGACUUGGGCUGUCUUCGUCUAUAUUCUUAAGCACUGCUUCUACAGCUGAAAAUGCAUCUGGUUCCAUUGUUUUUAACGAAGGUUCUGAUGCUUCUCCUUCAUACUUGCCAUCAAUAAAACCCAAUCCUGGUAUUGUCAGAUAUUGGAUGAGAGAAGGAACAAGACGGACAUGCUUUGAUAUCAAAGUCCAUGGCGUAAGAAAAUCGGUGUCCUUCAGGGAUGCUUUCUAUAUGAUCCGAUUACUCAACGACUCGAGUUAUCUGYCAGUCUUUUGUGACAUGACGUCAGACUCUGGWGCUUACACUUUAGUGGUAACUAGCCGUCACAACAGCUGGAGACGUGAUCAGGUCCCUKCAAGGAACAUCUAUCAUCCGUCCUUAAAUAGAGACUAUUCGAUCCUUAAAUACGCCGACCUCAUUAAAAAUCUUGGACACAAYAGUACUUUUAAGUAUAAACUUGACGGAGGUCAGCGAGGGCAUUGGGGAGGAGUGUGGAGAGCUCCACAUCAAUACAGUUUCAUGUCAACCUCGAAUAGCCAGACCAACGUCAAGCURCUACAAAAAUUCGAUMAUUGGCAAGACGUAUGGUGGAGAGGAGUAAAAAACAGAAUGCCGUGGUUUGUUGCAAAGGGAGGCGACAAAGCUGCUCUAUUAACAACAAGCUCCAGUGCAUCGUAUUAUCCAUCUGGCUCUAUAAUUUGGGGUGGCAAAAAUUACAACCCAGCCUACUGGAUUUAUUAUUCCGGUAUGCAGAACCCUGGGGUCAUUUGGUACUGGGUGAAUGAAGAUGACUGCGAUUCUGACAGAAAACCAGUUCAUGGCGGACUAACUGAGUGGAGUGAAUGGUCGAUAUGCAAAUUGUGUACUAAUGGUAAACAACGACGUUACAAGACCUGCACGAAUCCUGCCCCAAGAUGUGGCGGCAAGUUAUGUGAUGGUUUGACAGAGGAAUAUAAAUUUCCCAGGUCCUGUUUAGAAAUCCAGUUGCUAGGACUGCAAUCAAGUCCAUACAAAGAUGGCAUUUACACCAUUCAACCUCCCGGAAAACAGCCAGUCAAGACUUACUGUGAUAUGACAAGCCGUGGUGGUGGUUGGACACUUUUGGCAACCAGUAAAACGCACUCUGGAUGGACAUCUGGGAAUGUGAAAUCCAGAAAUAUUAAUAAACCUUCUCUUGAUGACGAUUUCUCAAUUCUUGGUGUCRGUGAUGCCAUUAAAGACUUUGACAUGUCGCAMGAUUUCUUCCAGUAUCGAAUUGAGGCUGAUGGCAAAAACCAAUAUGGUGGCAUAUUUGAUGCGCCAAGAGAUUACACUUUUACAUCCACCAGUGACAGACAGACUGACGUUAAACUAGUAGAAAACUUCAACAGCAUAAKCACACGUUCAAAUCUGGCAAAACGCAUGCCGAGACUUGGGAUGUCUUCUUCUAUAUUCUUAAGCACUGGGUCUGCAACUGAAGAUGCAUCUGGUUCCAUUGUUUUUAACGAAGGUUCUGAURAUUCUCCUUCAUACUUGCCAUCAGUAAAACCCAAWCCUGGAGUCGUCCGAUACUGGAUGAGAGAAGGAACAAGACGUUCGUGUUUUGAUAUCAAAAUCCAUGGUGUUAGAAAAUCCGUAUCUUACAAGGACGACYACUACAUGAUUCGACUGCUCAAUGACUCCAGUUACCUACCAGUCUUCUGUGAUAUGACGUCAGGRGAUGGAGCCUUCACUCUGAUCUUAACUAGCCGYCAUAACAGCUGGAAACRUGAUCAGGUCCCUGCCAGGAACGUAAAUCGACCGUCCUUAAAUGAUGACUACUCAAUCCUUAAAUAUGCCGAUCUCAUUAAAAAUUUGGGCCAUAGCAACACUUUUAAGUACAAACUUGACGCCAAUAAACGAGGACAUUGGGGAGGAAUAUGGAGUGCUCCACACCAAUACAGUUUCAUGGCGACAUCAAGUAGCCAAACUAAAGUAAAACUCCUGAAGAAGUUUGACAAGUGGGACUUUUCAUGGUGGAAAAGCGUACAGAACAGAAUGCCGUGGUUUGAUGCCAAAGGAACAGCCAAAAAAGCUCUGUUGACAACAAGUAGUAGCACAACGUAUUAUCCAGCUGGUUCUAUAAUCUGGGGAGACGAACAAUACAAUCCAGCCUAUUGGAUUCGAUAUUCCGGUAUGCAGAACCCUGGUGUCAUUUGGUACUGGGUCAAUGAAGAUGACUGCGAUGAUGACAGAAAACCAGUUCAUGGCGGGCUAACUGAGUGGAGUGAAUGGUCUAUAUGCAAAUUGUGCACUAAUGGUAAACAACGACGCUACAAGACCUGCACGAAUCCUGCCCCAAGAUGUGGCGGCAAGUUAUGUGAUGGUUUGAAAGAGGAAUAUAAAUUUCCUAAGUCCUGUUUAGAAAUCCAGUUGCUAGGACUGAAAUCAAGUCCCUACAAAGAUGGUAUUUACACAAUUCAACCGCCCGGAAAACAGCCAGUCAAAACGUACUGUGACAUGACAAGCCGUGGUGGUGGGUGGACACUUUUGGCAACAAGUAAAACGCACUCUGGAUGGACAUCUGAGAACGUGAAAUCCAGAAAUAUUAACAAACCUUCUCUUGAUGAUGAUUUCUCAAUUCUUGGUGUUGGUGAUGACAUUAAAGACUUUGACAUGUCACAAGAUUUCUUCCAGUAUCGAGUCGAAGCCGAUGGCAAAAACCGAUAUGGCGGUAUCUUUGAUGCUCCAAGAGAAUACACUUUCACAUCCACUAAUGACAAGCAGACUGAUGUUAAACUAGUAGAAACCUUCAAUAGCAUAGAUGCAAGUUCAAAUCUGGCAAAACGUAUGCCGAGAYUGGGGAUGUCUUCUUCUAUAUUCUUAAGUACUGGGUCUACAACUGGAGAUGCAUCUGGUUCCAUUGUUUUUAACGAAGGUUCUGRUGAUUCUCCUUCAUACUUGCCAUCAGUAAAACCCAAACCUGGAGUCGUCCGAUACUGGAUGAGAGAAGGAACAAGACGUUCGUGUUUUGAUAUCAAAAUCCAUGGUGUUAGAAAAUCCGUAUCUUACAAGGACGACUACUACAUGAUUCGACUUCUCAACGACUCGAGUUAUCUACCAGUCUUUUGUGAUAUGACGUCCGAGGCAGGAGCUUUCACUCUGAUUUUAACUAGCCGUCAUAACAGCUGGAAACGUGAUCAGGUCCCUGCCAGGAACGUUUAUCACCCGUCCUUAAAUGAAGACUACUCGAUCCUUAAAUACGCCGAUAUCAUUAAAAAUUUGGGACAAAGCAACACUUUCAAGUACAAACUUGAAGCCAAUAAACGAGGACAUUGGGGAGGGGURUGGAGUGCUCCACACCAAUACAGUUUCAUGGCGACAUCAAGUAGCCAAACCAACGUAAAACUCCUGAAGAAGUUCGAUAAGUGGGAAUUUUCAUGGUGGAGAAGCGUACAGAACAGAAUGCCGUGGUUUGAUGCCAAAGGAACAGCSAAAAAAGCUCUGUUGACAACAAGUAGUAGCACAACUUAUUAUCCAGCUGGUUCUAUAAUUUGGGGAGACAAACAAUACAAUCCAGCCUAUUGGAUUCGAUAUUCCAGUAUGCAGAACCCAGGGGUCAUUUGGUACUGGGUCAAUGAAGAUGACUGCGAUGCUGACAGAAAGCCAGUUCAUGGUGGACUAACCGAGUGGAGUGAAUGGUCGAUAUGCAAAUUGUGUACUAAUGGUAAACAACGACGUUACAAGACCUGCACGAAACCUGCCCCAAGAUGUGGCGGCAAGUUAUGUGAUGGCUUGACAGAGGAAUAUAAAUUUCCCAGGUCCUGUUUAGAAAUCCAGUUGCUAGGACUGCAAUCAAGUCCCUUCAAAGAUGGUAUCUACACCAUUCAACCGGCCGGAAAACAACCAACCAAGACGUACUGUGACCUGACAAGCCGUGGUGGUGGGUGGACUCUUUUGGCAACAAGCAAAACGCACUCUGGAUGGACAUCUGACAACGUAAAAUCGAGAAAUAUCAAUAAACCAUCACUUAAUGAUGAUUUCUCCAUUCUCGGAGCUGCUGAUGCCAUCAAAGACUUCGACAUGUCGCAAGAUUUCUUCCAGUAUCGCAUCGAAGCUGAUGGCGAAAACCAAUAUGGCGGUAUCUUUGAUGCACCAAGAGAUUACACUUUCACAUCCGCCAAUGACAAACAGACUGAUGUCAAACUAGUGGAAAACUUCAAUAGCAUAGGUGCAAGUUCAAAUCUGGCAAAACGUAUGCCGAGACUUGGGAUGUCUUCGUCUAUAUUCUUAAGUGCUGGUUCUACAACUGAAGAUGCAUCUGGUUCCAUUAUUUUUAACGAAGGUUCUGACGAUUCUCCUUCAUACUUAUCAACGAUAAAACCAAAUCCUGGUAUUGUCAGAUACUGGAUGAGAGAAGGAACAAGACGUUCGUGUUUUGAUAUCAAAAUUMAUGGUGUUAGAAAAUCCGUAUCUUACAAGGACGACUAUUACAUGAUUCGACUGCUCAACGACUCGAGUUAUCUACCAGUCUUCUGUGAUAUGACGUCAGGGGAUGGAGCCUUCACUCUGAUCUUAACUAGCCGUCAUAACAGCUGGAAACGUGAUCAGGUCCCUGCCAGAAACGUCUAUCGCCCUUCCUUAAACGAAGACUAUUCKAUCCUUAAGUACGCUGACCUCAUCAAAGAUUUAGGCCACGGUAACACUUUCAAGUACAAAAUUGACGCCAAUAAACGAGGACAUUGGGGAGGAAUAUGGAGUGCUCCACAUCAAUACAGUUUCAUGGCGACAUCAAACACCCAAACCAACGUAAAACUCCUAAAGAAGUUCGAUAAGUGGGAAUUUUCAUGGUGGAGAAGCGUACAGAACAGAAUGCCGUGGUUUGAUGCCAAAGGAACAGCCAAAAAAGCUCUGUUGACAACAAGUAGUGGAACAACGUAUUAUCCAGCUGGUUCUAUAAUUUGGGGGGACAAAGAAUACAACCCAGCCUAUUGGAUUCGAUAUUCCAGUAUGCAGAACCCAGGGGUCAUUUGGUACUGGGUCAAUGAAGAUGACUGCGCUGCUGACAGAAAACCAGUUCACGGUGGACUAAGUGAGUGGAGCGAAUGGUCCAAAUGCGACAAAUGCAAACAACGUCGCUAUAGGACUUGUACGAAUCCUGUACCAAGGUGCGGAGGUAGGCCAUGUGACCAAAUAGCCAAGAGGUCAGAGGAAAAAUCGUGCACUCCUUGCACAGCUCCAAAGUAAUCCUGAAGUCAGUGAACUUCAAAAGUAAAGAGGGAACGACAUUUGAUCGACUAUUUUAGAAAUUGUAUAACGCAARGCAUGGGGUUGUAGUAAAUCAAUAGCAAAUAAACGACUA